AAGCGCUACGGAGAGAACUCGACGAGUUUAUUGUGAGAUAUCCUUUGUGUACGUAAACAAACAGAAACAGUGAAAAUGAAAGUCUGCGGAGGAUUCUCGUAUUGCCUCACAAUGGCGAUAAUAUUUUUCGGAAUCGGCACAAGAAGGGCGAUCGGCGAAGACUCGUGUCCCGGAAAAAAGAAUAAAUUGAUGGACCAAUCGUUCGGGAUGGCUUUGACACCCGAUGACUUUUUGUCUUCAAUGAUGACACCAUGGAUCGUCCACGAUUAUUUCAGGCCCUGGAGACACAUGGCUGCCUUAGCAAAAGACUUGGGCUCAACCAUUAAAACGGAGAAGGAUAAAUUCCAGAUCAAUUUGGAUGUCCAGCAUUUCGAACCCGAAGAGAUAACCGUGAAGACUGCUGAUGGAUACGUAGUGGUGGAAGCGAAGCAUGAGGAGAAAGAAGACGAGCACGGCUUUGUUUCGAGACAGUUUGUGAGGAAAUACUCAUUGCCUGAAGGUGCUGAGUCUGAGAACAUUGUAUCGGAGCUCUCCAGUGAUGGUAUUCUGACUAUAACUGCUCCGAGGAAGGUAGUAGACGACAGAGGCGAGAGAGUGGUGCCUAUAACGAAGACUGGCCCCGUCCGGAAAGAACCCUCUGAGAAAGCUGCAGAACAAGGAUCUUGUAUGUCUAACAGUGAGAAGUGCUCCGGUUAGAUGUCAGUCAAUGUUAGGUUGAUGAUUCAUUUUAAGUUCCUAGUCAAGUCACAAUGAUAUGUAAGUAAAACUGAGAAGAC